UGUUGUUAGAAGUAUAACUCCUGGGCCACUCAAGCCAGGCAGGUGGAAAGAUAGGAGCCAGACUGAAGAUAGCCACUGGUCCUAUUGGUUGGGACUGAGUCAGACUAACGACUUGUCCAUUUAAAAUUGUCUUCCUUAUGAAAGGCAGUCUGCUACAGAUGUAACUGGAAAUUCAUCAUAUACUGGAUGUAUGGCAAGAGACAACAUGUGGUGAUGGCUGAGAAUGGAUGAUGAUGAACCUACCAUCAAACCUCGUCGAAUUGAGAACCAGAAUGUUGUUUACCGCCUGGAGCGACGCCGGAUUUACUCGGGCAAGCCUGGUGCUCACUGGUACAUGGUGCGUUGCCUGCACCAGAACGUGUUUCCUAACUUCACUGUUGUUAAUGUAGAAAAGCCACCGUGUUUCCUGCGCAAGUUCUCUCCCGAUGGUCGCUACUUCAUUGCGUUUUCCCUCGACCAGACCUCGUUGGAGAUCUACGAGUACCAGGGCUGCCAGGCAGCCGAGGACCUCCUCCAGGGCUAUGAUGGCGAGAUCAUGCUGAAUGGCGCCAAUGACCUGCAGUCUGUCAACAUCCGCGGUAAAUUGUUUGAACGUUUCUUUGUCUUGCUGCAUGUCACGAGUGUAGCGUCGAAUGGGGAGCACCUGAAUCGUGAAUGUAGCUUGUUCACUGAUGAUUGCCGAUAUGUCAUUGUUGGCUCUGCUGCUUACCUCCCUGAGGAACCUCAUCCCCUGUUUUUCGAGGUUUACCGAAACAAUGAAUCUGUUACACCAAACCCUCGCUCUCCGUUAGAGGAUUACUCUCUGCACAUCAUUGACUUGCACACAGGGAGUCUUUGUGACACGAGGACCUUUAAGUGCGACAAGAUCAUUCUCUCCCACAACCAAGGGCUUUACCUGUAUAAAAACAUCCUGGCUAUUCUCUCUGUGCAGCAUCAGACCAUUCAUGUGUUCCAGGUUACCCCGGAAGGAACUUUCAUUGAUGUUCGAACCAUUGGACGCUUCUGUUAUGAAGAUGACCUCCUCACUGUGUCAGCUGUGUAUCCUGAGGUGCAAGGUGAUGCACAAAAUGCUACAUCACGCCCCUUUAAGGAGAAAACACUGAACUCGUUGAAGCACCGGCUGUUGGUGUACCUGUGGCAAAGGGCAGAGCACGAUGGCAGCGCCGCAGCUAAGCGCCGCUUCUUUCAGUAUUUCGACCAGUUGCAGCAACUGCGCAUGUGGAAGAUGCAGCUUCUGGAUGAGAAUCACCUCCUGAUAAAGUACACGAGUGAGGAUGUGGUGACCCUCCGGGUUACCGACCCCUCCCAGCCGUCAUUCUUUGUCGUAUACAAUAUGGUGACCACCCGGGUUCUGGCUGUGUUUGAGAACACUUGUGAUGAACUUUUACAACUGUUUGAAAAUUUCUGUGAUCUCUAUCGGAACGCUACACUGCACAGUGAGGCUGUGCAGUUCCCCUGCUCUGCAUCUAGCAAUAACUUUGCCAGACAAAUCCAGCGAAGGUUUAAAGACACUAUCGUGAACGCCAAAUAUGGGGGUCACACUGAAGCAGUGAGGCGACUCCUCGGGCAGCUGCCUAUCAGUGCACAGUCCUACAGCAGCAGCCCGUACCUUGAUCUCUCGCUCUUUAGCUACGAUGACAAGUGGGUCUCUGUCAUGGAGAGGCCCAAAACUUGUGGUGAUCACCCUAUCAGAUUUUACGCUCGGGACUCGGGUCUACUUAAGUUUAAAAUCCAAGCAGGGCUGCUGGGACGGCCAAUUAACCACACAGUGCGACGCCUGGUAGCUUUCACGUUCCAUCCGUUUGAGCCAUUUGCCAUAUCGGUGCAGAGGACUAAUGCAGAGUAUGUGGUUAGUUUCCACAUGCGGCACACGUGUGUGUGAAGACUGUGUGCAAUUUAUAGGCAUUUGUGCUGCUCAGAUUCGCUUUGUACCUUUUGUGGGGCCUCAUGAAGGAAUCCUAAUAAAACUCAAACUACCAAAGGUGGAGCUUUGAACUUCGGUAAAAGUGGUAAUACUGCUAAAUAACUGCCCCUUAAAGUGAGAUUCAGGCUUCUGAAUCAUCUUUGAUACCUGACAGGCUGAAUGAUCAGGAGCUUUAAUGCAGCGGUUUUCUCAGCUGAAAAGGUAAACCUUAUGUAUUUGGUGUGUUUGGGCUAUUAUCCCUAUCCCUCUGCAUCUAUCGUUCAUUUUCAGUUCAUUAUAUAUUAGAUGUCAAAAUAAUGGCAGAGUCUGGAUUUGACUGGUUAACUGCCAAAUAGGAAAUGAUGGACUCCGUGCAAUAAACUUUGUUCAUAGUUUUGCAACUUUGGGAAAAUGAAGUCCCAUUUUGAAAUGAGAAUAACCGAUGAAUGAGUCUCAGUGGUGAUCUUGGGGUGGAUGGGAUCCUGAAAAUGCUAGUAUAAUCAGUGAUAGAAACAGAAAAUGCUGGAAGUACACAAUGGCUCAAUUCAGUCUGGGAAAAGAGAACAUUCAGAUUAAGAACCUUUCAUUUGGAAACUUCCAAUCAUUAAUUGGUCCUGUCUAAAAUGUUAACCUGUUCUUUUUUCCAGCAGUUUUGUUUUUGUUCCCAGUUUUUGAUUGUUGUUGAAGUGAAACUGGGUGUAAACUACUAGCUCUGUCCAAUUUAAGGUACUGCGUUCUUUUAUUUCACUAGUGAUGUGAAUUCACUGAACCAGAUUUAAUUUUUUGUGGAAAUGUCUUGGUACAAUGCAACUCUUAAAAUUUGCUUUUUUUAUAUAAGAAUUAUUGUAUGAUGGAUUUCUAAUUUUACAAAUGAAAUAUCACAUGGGCUUUAAACUUAUUUUUUCAUAUGAACGCUACAUUUUGAAAACACCUUUUUAUGUAUGAACUUAUCACAUCAACUGUCAAUCAAAGUUUUUAGAAAAUGG